CCCGUUGACAGUAGCUGUCAGUUAGUAUUGUUGCUUUUAUUACCACACUGUAUUGGCUACGGAAUCACUGCGAGGUGCUCCAGUUUAGCACGUAUUUUUGGAUAGAGAAGAAACCAUCGGGAAGCUUAGCAUUCUUAGUUGAUAAACGACUCUACUCGAACGUUGCAGUACAGUAAACAAUCGGUCAGUGACAAACACCGGAGAACCAUGAGCCAACCGUACGUUAGCCCGCUUUCGAUAGCAGUAAUCUGUUCGUCCAACAUGAAUCGCUCGAUGGAAGCACACGGGUUUUUGGCUAAAAAGCGGUUCAAGGUACGAUCGUUCGGCACGGGCGAUAAGGUGAAACUUCCCGGCACCGCAGCGGAUCGACCGAAUGUUUACGAAUUCGGCACCACGUAUGACGACAUCUACAAUGACUUGGCCACGAAAGAUAAGCAAUACUACACACAGAAUGGUCUGCUACACAUGCUGGAUCGCAACAGACGAAUAAAAUCGUGCCCCGAAAAGUUUCAGCUUUGUACGGAACGAUUUGACGUGCUAGUAACAUGUGAAGAACGAGUUUAUGAUCAGGUGAUAGAAUUUAUGGAAUCGAAAACGCCUAGCUACAAUCUUCCGGUACAUGUGAUUAACAUCGAUAUACAGGACAACCAUGAGGAAGCGACGGUUGGAGCGUUUCUCAUCUGUGAUCUUAUAACGAUGAUGGCUCAAAGCGAAGACUUGGACAACGAUAUCGACGAGCUGUUACAUGAUUUCGAGAACAAAUGUCAGCGAAGUGUACUGCACUGCGUCCAGUUCUACUGAAGAGCAACGAAAUUUAAAAUGAAAUAAUGUUGUGUCGUGAUCACGCAGCUGACCUCCUAACUAUCAUCCAUCGCUUUGUAGGUUUCUAACGUAAAGCAUCGUUUCGUCAAGAUUUUUUGCUUGACCCACAGAUCCGUACAAGAAGCGCAUCCUAAACGGUGUGUAAUUUACCGUAUAAAGAAAAUUUGCACAGAAAAUGUAAUUUUUCUGUUGACCCUUUGUAAACAAUUUCGUUGUGCUGUCCUCGGCAAAAAAACAGUCAUUUUAUCUUAA